AUGUUCGACGAAUACCUCCACAUCGGCUCUGAUGGAUAUGCACGGGUCUCAACACGGGUUUCUGAGAAUAUUGGGCAACAUAGAUUGUAUGCAUUGGGCUGGAAGAACUGCCCCGCCGCCUGGAAAGGGGUGUACACUACCGGUUUCAAGGCCGGAUCGAACAACGACAUCAACGUCCUCCAGUCAUCGCCCCUUUUCAACGACCAGUGCUUGGGCGUUGGUCUGACCGCCAGUUUCAUCACCAACGGCAACCAGCACAAUAUGGGCUAUUAUUUUGCGGAUGGGAUAUACCCUAUGUGGCUCGUCUUCGCGAAGACAAUCAAAUGCGAAACAGAAGAAAAGAAGAUCGAUUUUGCGAGUCGUCAGGAGGCAGCACGAAAGGAUGUGGAGCGGGCAUUUGGUGUACUCCAAGCUCGAUGGGCAGCAGUGAAGGGUCCAUCAUGGCUGUGGUGUAUUGACUGCGUCGGUUGA